UUUUUUUUUUUUUUUUUUUUUCUGAACUCAAUCUUCCCCGUUGUAUAAAUUGCCUUAUUUUCCUUUAAUUCUCCCUUUCUUUUGGCCUUUUGUCCUAUUCCCAGCUAUUAGCCUUUUUUUGGGCGAUAUCUCUACCCCCUCAAAGACUUUUUUCUAUGACCGCAUACAUGUGUUUCUGAAGCCUUCUUCUACAUGCCAGUCUAUCCAUUGAUUCCCCGUUGGAGCUUUGUUUCAGCAUUUUCACUUGGAUUGCAAGUCUACCUUCCUUCUAUUUUAUGUUGGUUUUUUUUUCUUUCUUUAUUUACUACCCUUGGUUCCGAUUUCCUCAAUUUGCAGGGCUGCUUCGCUGGUACAUAACUGUAACAUAGGACUAUGACCUUUUUUUUUUUUUUUUU